AUGCGCGUAGCGUGGUGGGUGAAAGAGUGCUGUGGCCGCCAGUGUGGAGCCGCUGCUGUACAACGUCUUGAGUCUUCGGGAUCCGGAGGCUGGUCCGACUCUCAAUACACCAUUCCCAGUCUUGUCGCCGUCUGCCUUCAGGGCGCUCAUCGAAGACCCCCGCCGGCAGGCACAUUCAUCGCGCAGUCGACCGGUCUGCGUCUCGACGGAGAGCUCUCCUCGUCUGAGACUAACAGUAUUCUGAACUCCUGCCCCCACCUCCAAGAUGUUGUCAUUCUACCGCGUGGUCUCAUAUUUAGCACGGCAGACGUGCUCGGAACUCUGCCCAACCUCCGGCGGCUCACCACGAACCUGCUCUCGCUCUACAUGAUGACCGCAUCUCCCGACCUCUCCGCGCUCACGCGCAUCACACACCUCCACCUGUCGUUCUACCACCGCUGGCCGCAAGUCUGGCCGCCGCUUCUGGCGCUUCGUGCGCUGACGCAUCUCGCCAUCGAUACAAAGGAGUGGUACCACGACAUUCUGCAGAGGGACGCCCCACCGCUCGACAUGUUGCUGGACGUGCUGUCGGAUCCACAUCGGCGGUUGAAUGUAUUCGUCCUGUCCUACCAGCGCGUUGGGAAGGUGCCGCUCGACGAACGCCUCAUAGAGCACCCUGCGUGCCUCCUGGUCCACCAGGGGAUCGGCUGGCCGGAGUGGCAGGAUGAGUGGACAGGCGGCGCGACUAGUGCGGGGUUCUGGGAGCGCGUGGAUAAAAUGCUUGCGGAGCGUCGCUCAGCGGGCGCCCCAGGGAAAUAUGACAAUGAUUGUGCCUUCAAUCUCCUCAGUUCUGUGAAGCACACGAAAUCAACCGUAUGCGGCACACCUAGUACCGCGUCCCGCAGGACAUUAUACGCCUCCGCAACCUCGUGGAACGCCGGCGUCGAAGGACAUUAUACGCCUCCGCAACCUCGUGGGAACGCCGGCGUCGACUGGUGGCCGGGCACGUCGGGGUGGUGCCGCUUGCUCAGCUACACCUCCGCAGAUAAGUCCCGCGCACGCACAGCCGACACAGCGGAGGGACCCACCGCGAAGAAGGCCGUCUGCCAGCGUGACCCUAACCCUCAACGCGAAGGCCUGCACCGUCCUGAUGCCCCGCCUCGACUCGCUCGGGAUGUUCUCCUGACCCGCGACGGCCCGGGUGGGGACCGCUUUGGCAAGCCAUACCGUGGCUGGUGGUAUAUACUGUUCGUGCAAGGGCGUUGCUCCGUCAAGCCUAGUUCAGGAGUGAGUGAGCGGCGGCCGCGGGACGAGAGAAUGAUGUGGUGGAAGAGUGGUGCCGCUGGUGCGUUUCCUGCAGCUUCCUGUGCACUCGAUAUCCGACUUCCCGUCUCUGAGUUGGUUUUCCGAUUUGCGAUUGGAGAUUCGGAGCCAGAAGGGGAUCUCUGGUCAUGGAUUCACAUCCUCGAUCUUGCCAUGCUGGUCAAGUUCACUUGGUGCAUUGACAAGCGUCUGCUCAGCCUUGCCAGGUUGUCGCGCGAAGAUGUCGUGUUCCCGCGGGUGCGACAUCUUGUAUUGCGGAUCCAGAAUUCAUUGGUGUUAACCCACUCUGGCAUCGAGCAGCUGCCGCACCUUCCCGGGACUCGAACAGCUAUGGCCGCGAGCGAGCCAGCUUGUGUGCUUCCGUGUGUGCGCGAGCUGACCACAGCCUGCAAAGUGUUGCCUGCAGUUCUCCCAUGCACACCAUUUGUGAACAAACUGAAGAUUUGGAAUGAAGCUGCCGGGAGACUGCUGUUUACGCUCCAGCGCAUCGAGAGGUAUAUUCCGCCCACGAUAACUAACGUAGCAUUGCAGUCGGAUAAUGGCAAUUACUCCCUUUGGUCCGGGAUCCUUGCCUUCUUCCCGAACCUGCGCACCCUCGAUUUCCGUGUCAAAGAGUCCAGCGGUGAUUCUCGGCCAAGCGAGGCCCCUCACUUCCUCGCCAGCCUAUCGACCAUCCUUCCGCCCACUCUCGAAAGUCUCCGUGUCCAUAUUUGGUCCUCAAGGGCUGUCCUUCCCGGGGGGCAAACGGGAAGAGUGGGAUUGAGCCGUCUUCCAAGCGCGGAUGAGCUCCAGGCAGAACUACUGAAAGGCGCGAGUAGGAGCAGGGAUGGGCUGCGACGGUCGAUUUGGCGUGGCUUGAGUAAUCCCUCACUUUUCGCUGGCGAGUCUGACACCCAGGGUGGCGGCCUCUACUGGGCGGAAACAAGCGGCGUGAAAUCAGCCGCGGACGGCCCGGAUGGCAAGCAGCAGGGCACAACCAGGCGGGGACAAGUCGCCUACGCGUGUUCAAGUUUUUCACGGUCUACUGCCCCCACCGACGGCGCUCCGCCUUCCGCAGACACCACCGGCCCGUUCGCCCGACGCUGCAAUCGAUUCCCAUUCCACUCCUCUCCACCUGCCCCCAUGUCCUCUCCAGUCCCCGUCUUUCGACGCAAAAGCGAUGCCCUUCCGCCGGUUGGGCCCCAGCGGUCUGCGCGUGCCGCUCUUCUCUCUCGGCGGCUGUCCGGCUCACCCUCGGAGGCUCCGUCGUCGGCGAGAGGCGUCAAGGACAUCAUGCAGGCCGCCUUCGAGAAUGGGAUCAACAUGUUCGACACCGCGGAGGACUACCAGAAAGGUGCGGCUGAGCGCGAAAUGGGACACGCUAUCAAAGAACUUGGCUGGCGCCGCACGGACCUCGUCAUCUCAACCAAGAUAUUCUGGAGCCACGAGCCAGGCACGGGCCCGAACGACACGGGGCUGUCGCACAAACACGUUAUCGAGGGCACGAAGGCUUGUUUGCGACGGCUCCAGAUGGACUAUGUCGACGUCAUCUUCGCGCAUCGUUGCGAUACCACCGUUCCGAUGGAGGAGAUCGUCCGCGCAUUUAACUAUGUUAUCGACCAGGGCUGGGCUUUCUACUGGGGCACCUCCCAGUGGAGCGCACCAGAUCGAGGAGGCGCAUCAUGUUGCCACGCGCUUAAACCUCAUCGCGCCCGAUCGGAGCAGUGCAAGCACAACAUGUUCCACCGCGAACGUCCGGAGAAGGAAUACACCCCUUUGUACGCCAAGUACGGCCUGGGCACAACCGCAUUCUCUGCACUGCAGGGCGGACUGCUGACGGGGAAGUACAACGACGGCAUCCCAGACGGCACGCGCUUCGCCACCGUGCCCAUGUUCCCCUGGGGCGACGGAGGCCAAAUUGCUGCGGGUGCGUCGUUUCUCCCCGACUUGCUGAACUCUGGGCGGAACCCGCUGGCGCUCGCGUGGGUUGCGGCGCACCGCCACACUUCCACAGUCAUCCUCGGCGUGUCCUCCGUCGCACAGCUCGAGGCGAACCUCGGCGCGCUUGAGGUCCUGCCCAAGCUGGAUGCUGCGGUGUUGGCGCGGAUCGAGGCUGUGUUGGGUAACCACCCGCAGGAGCCGGAGACGUAUGGUCGCCCGCCGCUGGAUCAGGGCAUCCUUUGA